AUUUGGCACACACGACCACAACCAGAUUUAAGCAAAUAUCGUUAUCUCACUUGGCGUCAGUCAGACCAUAUCAGUAUUCAAACUACUGUAGAUAGAUUGUCCUACAAGGGAAAUAAUGAAAGAAAUAUGGUUCGUAUUUUCUUUGGUUGUAUCGUGCUCCAGUGAGCGAAUACUGGCAGUGACACCGUCCCAUGAAAACCAAGCUGCAUUCCAACCGUUAUGGAAGGAGCUGGUAUCGAAAGGACACCACAUUACACUCCUAACAACCGAUAGUCAAGCCAAUUGGUCAUUGAAAAAAGUAAAUGAGAUCAAUCUUGGGUCAGCGCUUUCGACAACUUUUGAAAAACUGGACCACCCCAAAGUGCGCGCCUUAAUUGCCGACCAAACGGAACGCUUUGAUCUACUGAUGGUCGACUACACCAUGCCCGAACUGCUCCUCUUUUCGCAAAGAUUUAAUUGCCCGAGCAUCGGGUUAUUGGCGAAGGAAGUGCCGAUUCCGGCACUCUAUGACAUAGGAAAUCCGACGUAUCCCUAUCCUCGUCGGUUCCGUGACCGAAUCGCGAACGUGGUAAAUAAUUACUUAAGUGAAUGGCUGGUGGCCUUUCGCCAUCGAGAAUUGCAGAAGUUAUUUGGCUCUAAUCAUCCGCCGUCACGCGACCCCAGUGCACUACUGGUCUUCUCCAAUCAGAUGCUGUUGCAAAACCGGCCCCUAGUCCCCAACGUAAUCCAAGUAGGGCAACUUACCAAUGACAAUGCAAUUCCGAAGGAUGUCCUGCCUUUCCUAGACGAGGCAACUGAGGGGUUUAUUUACAUCAACUUAGCCGUACCUCCACACGGCCUCCUGGAGGCGCUCGCCGAUAUCCCUUACAAACUUGUUUGGGACUCUAUCUUGGACAACCAGCAGAAGAAACCACCCAACAUGCUUACACGGAAGCAUCUGCCUAGGCGCGCCAUACUUGAGCAUCCGAAGAUUAAACUGUUGGUCACCUCGGGAGACUUGCAAACGCUAGACGAUGCUGUAAGUGGGCAUGUCCCAGUCAUUUGCAUGCCCUUAGAUUCCAGUGAUGAAGAGAGUUGUCGUACGGUUGUGGUCGAUAAGGGCUUCGGAAUAUCUAUUGAUCCGGAAACCUUGCAUGGCGAAGAUCUGAAGCGAAGAAUAGACGAGGUCGUUCUCAACCCGCUGUAUCGUGAUAAUUUGCAACGCUUCGCCAAGCUACUUAGGAAUAGCCCAUUGGGAGGCUUGGAUCUCGCCGUGUGGUGGACGGAGUACGUGUUACGACAUAACGGCGCCCCACACCUGAGGAGCCCCUUGUGCGAUCUUCCUUGGUGGCAAUAUUUAUUUAUAGACGUCUUACUUGCUUACUUGUUAAUCACGCUCUGUUUAUUGGUAAUAAUUGGAAAAGUUAUCGGACACUUCGUAAAAUUGAACUAGUGCGAUAGUGCAUAUGAUUCCUUAAUUUUAUAGGGUAAUUCAAAAUGAUACAAUUUCAGUUGGCUGUAUUUCCUAAACUAUAUGUUAUAUUUUUAAAUACUACCACUAGAGGGCUCCAGCACUGCAGUAUUGCCGUCAGCUGAGCCGAACAUGUACAGAAUUAGUUGUAAGCAAGAUGGCUUACUUUCCUUGUAUGUGUGAGUACAGUAGAAACUAGUCUGCAACUUCUGCGCAGUUAAUCAAAUCUCCAACGAGAAACCGCAUCAUUGGAAUAAACAAUUUGGCGAAACUAGUUCUCUACGUGAUGCCAAAGUUUGACCCAGCUGACCGGUACAGUGUAUCCAUCAUUUUGAAUCACUCUGUACUUUACUUUAUAAUAAACUGCUGCAAUUUGCAAUUAUCGCUUUUCAAUAAAAUUGUAAAGGUGAAAAACUAGUGAGGUGUUACUAACAGAAUACGGAGUACCAUGUACAUUUAUAGACAAACAUUUUAUUUCUGAGAAGGUGCUCAAGAAUUAUCUGGGUGUAGGGUAACGGAUAGGCGUCUUUUUUCAGACAUUGGGCCGUAUGAAUAAAAAGAAGCAAAUGCUU